UUUCCUCAUUUUCCUUCACACCCAAAUCCCCCUCCCUUCUUAUCCUUUCAGUUUGGAAGCUGAAACAGACAAAACAUCACAUAUCAUACUUAUCCAUACACUGUUCUUCCUCUUCAACUCAGAGCUCUCUCUUUUCUUCUGUUGUCCUCUGUUUCUGUCUGAUUUGGUUGUUGUGGAAUUAUGGGGAGGUCACCUUGUUGUGAGAAAGCUCAUACAAAUAAAGGAGCUUGGACCAAAGAAGAAGACCAACGCCUCAUCGACUACAUCCGCAUCCACGGCGAGGGUUGCUGGCGCUCCCUUCCUAAACAAGCUGGGUUGCUUAGAUGCGGCAAGAGCUGCCGGCUCAGGUGGAUAAACUACCUCCGGCCUGAUCUCAAGCGUGGGAAUUUCACCGAAGAAGAAGACGAGCUCAUUAUCAAGCUACACAGCUUACUCGGAAACAAAUGGUCUCUAAUUGCGGGACGUUUACCUGGACGAACCGACAAUGAAAUCAAAAACUACUGGAACACCCACAUCAAGAGAAAGCUCCUCACCCGCGGCCUCGACCCUCAAACCCACCGCCCCCUGAACGAAACUGCCGCCGCCGCUACCACCGCGGCAGCUUCUCGGUUGGAUUUCAGAAACGGGUCUCCGCCGUUUUUGUCAGUCGAGAAAAUUAACAGCCUGAUGGAUCAAACCAACUUCAAGAACAACAACAACAGCAGCAAGAUUCUUCUGUUCCAACCCAAGAAAGAAGAAGAGUACACCAACACUUUAGAAGAGGCCAAUUGCAGCAGCAGUGGCACAACAACAGAAGAAGACCAGCAACAACAACAGAAGCCAGAUGUCAUGUACAAGUGUGGUGACCUAAACUUGGACCUUUCUAUAGGGCUGGAGCCGUUUCAGUCCGAGCCAACUCGGGCAUCCUCCGGAAACUCGGCCGAGUCGAAACUGACUCACCGGACUCAUAAAAAUUACGAGAUGUUUGCUCAGGCGGCGGCGGUGUGUCUGUGUUGCCAGGUGGGGUUUCAGAGUAGUGAGGCAUGUAGGAGUUGUCAGUGCGCAAAUAGAUUCUACAGAUUUCACAGACCCUUGAAUCCUUAGUCCAGUUUUCUUUUCUUUUUUGUGUUUUUUUUUUUACUUUUUUUGGGAUUAUACAAAAUUUCGUUGUUAUAGAUGAAUUUGGCACAGUUUAAGAUAAAUUCAGUUGAAUUCACUUUCUGAAAAAUGUAACUCUGUAUUAUUAUAUACAACAAAGAAUGAGUU